AUGAAGACAACAAUCGUUUGCUGUUUAGUAAUUGCUAUCUCAGUGUUAGCCGUUACCGAGUCCUCGAAAAGAAACUCCACCGGUAGAUACAAACAAUUUAUAUGUCUCUUAAUUGAUUACAUGCGUGAGUUUAUGGCAUCUGUUCGUUGUGCCAGGUCUGUCGUGGGAGUUGUAUCAGCAUUCGUUUCCUGCGUCCUCCAUCUAAUUUAGUCAUUCGUGCAGUUUUGUUUCUGCGAAGAAAAAGACACGUCUGAACUCGUUUUUUGGUCGCAUAAAUUGACUUUUUGUGGCCUGAUUGUGGAACGAUUUGUCUUUAAAGAAGUGUGUUCUGGUCAUGGUUACGCACUUCCCCUUGAAGUGCGUCAUGGUCGUGAGCGUUGAUUAUGUGUUGCGUUUUAAUGGAAAAAAUAAUUGUCGAAGUAGUUGUCAUAAUUUAUACCCUUUGCCUGGUCGUUGCAAAAUUCAUCUAGUAUGACCACGCGGUCCUUAAAAUGAAGUUUGAAAUCUUCUUUGACUAGUAUUAUUUCACUAAGGAAAUUAAACCUGCACCAACUAGCUGAAGACAAGGUACCAGCGCUCUGAGAUGACUUUUUUUUUACAGCAUUACCGGAACAGGCCGAUGAGAACGAGCUACCUUACCCAGCGAUUUGAAACCAAUCAAACGCAGCUAACGAAAGCUAUAGUAAAAACCCGCAUAUAAGAACCUAGGUUUUUUAAGUUAACCUCCGUACGUUCUUAUAUGAAUGGAAUUAGACUAUAUUUAGGUUCUAAAUCAGGUUCUUAACACUUGUUUUAAAAAGGGAAAUGUAGUGCAUUAGGACAGCGGUAGUUCGUAAAUAUAUCCGGGAACUCAAAGUGUGUGAGAGCCGGAAAAUGAGGAGUGAUGUACUUCGUGCGCUCGGAAUAAAGCGUAUGUUUUUAAGCCUUUGUGACGUGCCUUUGUGGCUUCACUACAUUACAGGAAACCUCUAUUCUUGGGUGUAUGUCGACCUCAUAGUGCCCUCCUUUACAUGGUUAGUUAGUCAGAUAUGUUGCACAGUUAUGGAUGUAUUGACAAUACAGUAUUGUGGUCUUAUUAAACUGCCAGUGUUUAGGCUAGUUUUUUUUUUUUGCCCUUUUUGUAUCGCAUGCGAUGUACUGUAAUAUAUCUGAAAAAACUCUGUAUGCCUAGAAUGGUUCUUAUGUGAAGGGUGAAGGGUGCUUAGCCUGGAAAUUUUAGCCAAACAUGAUGGGUUAAAUUAAUUCGAGUUAAGGUGUUAAAUUAAACCGAUGAAACUACCUGAUCCUUGUUUUGCAAUAUUGUAACCGAUUGUAUGAUUUUCUUCAGAGGAAUCGCCAAACGAAGGGAAAAAAUUUCUCUGGGACGGACCUACCGCUUCCGCUUUUUUCGUUGAAGGCAAGCGUCCAGUUGGCCUUCCUGACAUUAAUCGAGGAAAAGAGAUCCAACAAGGAACACCCCCUUCUUUUGUUUCUCUCUUUGAUCCAUCCACAAACACUCCUUUUUACUCAGCCUACAGAGUUUUACCUGAGCAGGCAAAGUACAUUGGCACGAAUUCGAGGCCAAAUGCAAAGUGGAGGAAUCCUCCCGGUACGUAAAUGGCUAUUUGACAAUUAUUUAUUACAAGACCGAUUAUUUGGAGGACAAUCAAUCAUAAAGUAAAUCCAAAGGCUUGGAGUAUACCCUGCGUCACUUCAAAACACGCAAAGUCACUAAUGAAGUGGAGAAAGCCACCAUAUUGCUUCUUCGUAAAUUUUUUUCUCUAUGUUUUCAAGAGAAAUGAAAGUGCAAUUAGAAGGCUUCUUUUUCCCGUAAUUUCAGAAAAGAGAUAAAAAAGCGACAUGAUUCCCUGGAAUGGUCAAAAGAUCACUUUCAGUCUAUAACUAGUAAUUUAAUCAUCGUGGUAAACGACAGAAUAUCACCACUAUCGUCAUGAGAAUAUGAUUUGAUAAUUUAAAGUCAGAAGUAAUCAAGUUAUCUGUAUUCAUCGAAGAAUGUGGCUUAUGAUUAUAGGUGUUUCUGGUCUCAACGAUGCUUAUAAACAAGCCAACCGAGAAGCUCAAAAAAAGUAUGGGGAUCAACUUACCAGAGGCCAUAUGAAUCCCUCAGGUAUCAACUCCUUUGACAAAACUUACAUGAAGAAUACUUUCACUCUUGCGAAUACUGUACCUCAGUUUAAGGCAUCAAACAGCGGACCUUGGAAUGAUUUUGAGAAUAAGAUAAAAGAAUAUGCCAAAACUACCUGAGGGAGCAAAACUCGCCAAGGAACCCUUUACCUACUGACAGGCAGAUCUGAAAAUGGCCUCAAAGACGUCCCGGAGCCGUCCAUUACCAACACAUUUACUGUAAAAACUAAAACAUUAAGCCUUGAUACUCCUCAGGCUGUUUGGACGGCGGGAUGCUGUGUGUGGAAGGUGACCGGAAAGCCAACUGAGGAGGCCGAGUCCUUUGCAGUGAUGAGCAACAAUCACUAUGACACAAACCAGCUACACCAGACAGAAAUGAGCGUAAACGACCUAGAGAAGCGCUUGAAGGCAGCAGCAUCGAAAGCGAAAGUGGAUUUGUUUCCAGGAAAUACAAAUUGUGCUCGAAACUACCAUCCCCUACCAUGAUAAAUCGUCGAGAAAUAAAUACUGGGAACAGGCUAUAAGCAUUCUAAAGAAACUGUUCUAGAAACUAUCAUAAAAACAAAACAAAAAAAUCGUUCCUUUGAUCAUAGACCACAGUAAAACAUGCAUGUAACACCC